UCUGUGAAAUAUCCCGGGACAGGAGGCCGGACAACUGGAUAAAUCCUGGACCUGUAUCCAGGCACCGUGCUAUAUUGUGGAAUAGGAGCCCAGGCCUCAAGGUAGAUACAGGGACAGAAACGUACAACUGGUGAAGAUUCACCAAACUGCAAUAUACAAGACAGGAAUCCUGGUAUCCUGGGAAUUCCAGAUAAGAACCACCACUCUGGGAAAGAGCAUACAGAUCCCAGGAAAUACAUUCACCCAGUGAGAGAGAAUGGCGAGUGUUUCAUCAACUGUAAAUAGCUGGUCUGAAAAACCUGAACCCUCCACAACUUGUGAGGGAUUUGGGUUUACAGGGUCAUUAUCCUCACAAACUGUCACUGGUGUCAAUGCGGGAGAUAUCCUGGGGUAAACUGGACGACAGCAAACCAACUCGACCAGAAGAUCUUCCUUGGCAAUUUCUCCAAAGGAUCCUCUUAGCUAAUUCACUGGCGAGGAAUCCUGAAUGGCCCCCUGCUCAGUCCUUGGAAGACAGGAAAGAUGAUGUUGAAGAUUUCAACUAUUUAUUUGAAGUGAAAGAGCCAGGGGAUUCAGGGUUUAAUCCUCUGGAUAUCAUUGCUGCCAUUUUCCUCUGUGCCGACCACUCUCUCCAGCAGGAACUGAUGCUGAAGAUGUCUCUGUGCCAACUUGCAUUACCCUUUCUGCUGCCGGAAGGGCACAGUUACCCCAGGGACAAGCUGAGGGGACCCAUGGAAGGGUCUGGUGCCACCCUUCUCCUCUGGGCCAUGAGGCACAUUGUUAAAAUGUGGUGCCCACAAUCUCCCCACAGGGAGCAGCCGCGUUGUGGAGAUGCCCAUCGUGACAGCAACCGUGCCAACUGUCUCCUUCCUCAGACUCGGAAGGUGCACGGUGUCCAAAUCCAAACUCCUCAAUCUCACCUUGAGCCAGACCCAGCUGCAGCAGAAUAUCUUCCUGCACUCCGGGAUGGAAUGUGGGAAUGUGCCCCGUGGGAUAUCGGAUGGGAUGGCUGAGAU